GAGGCAGCGGCGGCAGCAGCAAGAGACGACGCGGAGAGGCAGCCCCGAAGCCCGCAGCCGCGCCGCCGCCUCGGCCCUCAAUCCGCAGCCAUCCUGCCCGCCGCGGCCCCGGGGCCCCCGGCCACCGCCCCCCGCAGGCGCCUCCGGCUCUCCGCGACCACCACAGGCAGAUCGGGAGCGGAGCAGAGAAAUUUCCUUACUAGAUGACAUUUCAUCGCAAUGUCCGAUCGUUUGGGGCAAAUAACCAAGGGAAAGGAUGGGAAAAGCAAGUACUCCACCCUCAGCCUGUUUGAUAAGUAUAAAGGAAAGUCAGUAGAAGCUAUCAGAACUACAGUUAUUCCUAGACAUGGCUUACAGAGUCUCGGGAAAGUUGCUGCUGCCCGGCGCAUGCCACCUCCUGCCAACUUGCCAAGUUUGAAGUCUGAGAACAAAGGAAACGACCCCAAUAUCAUCAUAGUACCCAAGGACGGGACAGGAUGGGCAAACAAGCAGGACCCGCCAGACCAAAAGAGUUCCAGUGCAACAGCCGCACAGCCGCAGGAGUCGCUGCCGCAGCAGGGUUUGCCGAAAUCUGUCUCCAGUUUACAGAAGCUGACCCAGUCAGUCAGUCAGGAGAGUACAAAUUCAGUGCAAGGUGGACCAAAGUCAUGGGCACAGCUGAAUGGAAAGCCAGCCGGACCAGAAGGUGGUUCAAGGGCCUCAAACCGACUGUUAUCCUUCUCUCCCGAGGAAUUUCCAACGCUGAAAGCAGCUGGCGAGCAGGACAAGGCUGGCAGAGAAAAGGGCGCCUUAGAUCCGUCGUAUGGGCCCGGACCAAGCCUCCGCCCCCAGAAUGUCACCAGCUGGAGGGAGGGCGGUGGGAGGAACGUAACCUCUGCCACAUCUCUGACCGCCUCCCUGACUGAGCCGGGCAGCAAGACCUCUAGCGCAGGAGAUGGAGCCCCCUCCUCAGCGAAUGCCAGUGACCCUAAGGAGACCUCCCUUCGCCCGACUCAGCCUCUCCGCAAAGGGGCUUCACAGUUCAUGGCACACGUCUACCAACCACCAACGUACCAUGACAUGCUACCAGCUUUUAUGUGUUCGAACCAGCCAUCUGAGACUGCUGGGCCCUUGGAUCGUGGUUCCUUCCCCCUCCCACAGUUUCGUCUGGAACCUCGUGUCCCUUUUAGACAGUAUCAGACCAGCGACCAAGAUGGAAAAGAAAACAGACUUGGGAUCUCGCGCCCAGCUCGCCCAGUCCGGCUUCAAGGGGAGCGGGUCCCCCGGCCCACCAUCAUCAAUGCAGAGAACCUGAAAGGGCUGGACGCACUUGACAAUGACACUGACGAUGGCUGGGCAGGCAUCCACGACGAAGUGGACUAUUCUGAGAAACUCAAGUUCAGUGAGGAUGAAGAGGAAGAAGAAACCCACAAAGAUGGGAGGCAAAAGUGGAACAGCUGGGACCUUCGGAGGCAGCGGCAGCUCUCCCUGAGCUCAGCAGACAGCACAGAUGCCAGACACCCCCCAGAGGAAGGAAAACCCUGGGGCGACCCAGCCAGCCUGUCUCGGCCAAUCCGAAAAGCGCAAGAAAGCCUGCCGCUUUCGAGGAAGGUGAAUGGUUGGGCUCCCCUUUCGGAUUAUCAGAAGCCCCCGCUAGCAUGCCUGAGGCAACAGUCUUCCGAGGAGAAGGAGGAGAAGCUUCCCUUGCGGCAGAAGUUUAUCCAUUCUGAGAUGUCUGAGGCUGUGGAACGGGCCAGGAGGCGACGUGAGGAAGAAGAACGGCGAGCCCGGGAGGAGCGCCUGGCUGCCUGUGCUGCCAAACUCAAAGAGCUGGACCAGAAGUGCAGGUUGGCCCAGAAAGGAGGAGAAAACCCCAAGCACGCCGAGACCGAAGAGUCCAGGGCCUCAGGGGGGGAGAAGAAUGUCGUGCCUGAGAACAGCCAUGUGAUCCGAAGAGCAAAUCCUGACUUUCAUAGCCAGGAAGCCUCGUCUGGUUACGUGGAAGAAGAGAGUGCUGUCGCAUCAAUGGCUCAUCGGAGCAGCAGUGAGGAGGAGCUUCGAGAGGCUGCGUCUCCAGGCCAAGAAUUCAACAAGUACCCCAAAUCUCUCCCGCCUCGGUUCCAGCGGCAACAGCAACAGCAGGAUCAGUUGUACAAGAUGCAGGGCUGGCAGCAGCCCCAGGUCUACCCUCCGUCGUCUCAUCCUCAGCGAACCUUCUACCCGGCACAUCCACAGAUGUUGGGCUUUGAUCCGCGCUGGAUGAUGAUGCCUUCUUACAUGGAUCCCCGCGUGGCCCAGGGACGCCCGCCGGUGGACUUCUAUCCUUCUGCCCUCCAUCCGUCAGGGAUUAUGAAGCCCAUGAUCCAACAGGACUCCAUCAAUGGGACGGCCUGUCAGUCAGAAGAACAGAGCUGCCAGUCCUCAGUCCAACAGGAGAGGAAAGCAAUUUCUGGGGAGUCUUCCCCAGUGUGGGGUCAGGAGAGCUUCACCCCUUUGCAAAGCAAAGGCUGCCCCAUUUCACGCCCCAAACAGACGGAGGGCAUGGCCGGGGAGGGACUGCGUACUAGGAGCGACUGCACUUACUCAGCGCCCUCUGGCCUAAACACCCAACGAGAUCUCUUCGAGGAGUCAGGCGACGACUACUUAAAUGCCUUUGAUGAGAAGGUCCAAGCAAGCUUCGACAACUGCCUUUCCCCCUCCCAGCGGAUGGGCCAGGAUCACCUCUUCCAGAGCCAGGAGAGCGCACCAGAUGCAGGCAUGUCUGACUCCCGCCCCACGAACCCGAGGAAUCCCCCUUUUGAGCCCAGCUUGGCCCACGCUGAUAAGAAAGCAGAGUACAACGGCUGGGAUGUCAGCCGUUAUCAGAAACCCACCGAUGGGUUGGUUUCUGUAGAGGAGGAGGUGUCCCGGGAAGAGAAGUCGUUCAGUGCUCAGGCAUGGAGGAAAGAAGGAGUCGCCAGCCAACAAGCCACCGCUGAAGCAGGAUGGGCUCCGGAGAACCGCCACUCCAGCAGCCAACAGCAGGAGCAAAUGGGAAGGACUCGUAGAUCUGGCCCGAUAAAGAAGCCGGUGCUGAAAGCCCUCAAAGUUGAGGAGAAAGAGAAAGAGCUGGAGAAGGUUAAGGUAGAUGCCGAAGAAGCCUCCCGCCCAGUGAGGGAAAAGGUGCCGCCUCAGAAGACGACGGAGGCAGAUGAAAGCAAUUCAGAUGCUUUUCUCCAGUCUGCUCACUACCGUUUGCUGGAUGACAAGAGCUCCUCUCGGGCUGCUGCCCAAGAAGCUGAGAAACCCCAGGAAGAAGAGGAGGAGGAGGAGCAGCAGCAGCAGCCGGAAGAGGAGGAGGAGAAAAACAGAAAGGCCUGGGAGGGGAGGCAGCAAGCCAGGGAAUCCAGUGACCUGCCCCCCACCAAAAGAAACAAUUGGAUCUUUAUUGACGAGGAGCAGGCUUUUGGUGGGAGGAAUCGUGGCCGCGGCCGAGGUUUCAGAGAGUUCACCUUCAGAGGCCGCAGCAGCACUGUCGGCUGUGGGGGCGGCAGCAGCAGCAGUGGCAGCAGAGGAGCCUACAGCAACCCCGUGGCCAGCAGCACCCAAAGAAGCAGCCGAGGACGGGCCUUAAGGGAGUUUAAUCAGCCCGAAGAGUUCCCACGGGGGAAGCCCAGGCGUAGGAUUGCCAGCGAGACCCACAGCGAAGGUUCGGAGUAUGAAGAGCUCCCAAAGCGCCGACGCCAGCGGGGUUCUGAGAACAGCAACGAAGGUUCCCUCGUGGAAAAGGAGGAGGGCGACCUCAAGAAAGGAGAUUUCCAGGAGUCCUGGCGCUCUAAUAAGAUCUAUUCAGAUGACCAUGGUGGUCUGGAUGCUAAGGCGAGGGCCCCACGAGCCUUUGGCCGGUCACUGCCACCUAGACUUAGCAACUCUGGAUAUGGGCGAAGAGGCUUUAUUUCCAAGGAACCAUUGCAGUGGCAAGGCAGGAGUGGGGGGAACACAUGGCAGGAGUACAGCCACGGCACACCUCUUGACACCUUUGGGGCAAGGCGCCAGCCUGACAGGGACUAUGGCCAAGACUCUUAUAAGCACUCAGACUCUUUUAGCAGGCGAGCCUUUGAGGAGGAUCCCACUGACAAGAGGCCCUAUUUCCAAGAGGACUAUGGAGGUGACCCUGAAAACACUGAGAACCGUCCCUUCCGUCGACGGCGUCCACCUCGCCAAGACAAACCCCCCAGGUUCAGGCGCUUGAGGCAGGAGCGUGAAUCUGUUGGGCAAUGGAACCCAGAGGACGGCGGAACCAACCUCUUGGCUUGCCAGUGGCCUGGGAGAGCCAAGCUGAGUGUGACAGAUAGGAAUGGCACUUCGGUUAGAUCUCCUGAACUGCCCUAUCAGAACUCAUCUGAUCAUGCCAACGAGGAGUGGGAGACGGCCUCCGAAAGCAGCGACUUCAGCGAGAGGCGGGAGAGACGUGACGGCAUCUCAGAGAGCGAAGCCCAGAUGGAUGGGAGCCUUAUCAGUGGCAGCUUGGGAGAGAAGAGGGAGCAGGCCAAGAGGAGUUUCUCCAGCCAGAGACCUCUGGUGGAUCGGCAAAGCAGGAAGGUCGAUCCGGCAGGAUAUGGUGAGAAAGCCGGAAGAGCUAGUGGAAGUGGGCCUUCUUCCCGCUACGAGAGCCAGUCAGCUGGAUCACAGAUGAAAAGUAAAAGGUCUCCAGAAGAAAGUGGGGGCCUGGACACCAGCAGCCCUGGGAGCAGCCAGUUGGUCUACGGCUCCCAUGUUAACUUGAACAGUGCCGAAGGGCUGGGGAAAAAGCAAGAGAGGGAACCGAAAUCUGCCCCCCAGCAAGCUGGCGAGAAAGGAGAGGCGAUCUCGCAGUUUGAGCUGAACUACCGAAACGGUAUCCUGGACAGCUGCGUUUCGGGCCCUACAGAGGAGGACGAAUUGAGCCCAAUGAGCGGGGAAGGUUUCAUCGAGGUUCUCACGAAGAAGCAGCGGCGGUUACUGGAAGAGGAACGGAGGAAGAAGGAGCAGGCUGCCCAGGCUCCAGCCAAAGGCCGUGUCCUUCAAUCUCGGAUGCCCCCUCGCUUUGCCAAGAAACAGAACAGCAUGUGCCUCGAGCAAGCGGAUGUUUCGGUGUCUGGAAACAGCCUGGGCACAGAAAUCUGGGAAACUAACAGCACAGCAGCUCUCUCUGUUCAGUCGCCGGGCACUGAUUCCUGGAGUAAACCGGGCAGUUCUUUUACUAGCAAUGAGUCUGGAUCCACCGAGCAGGGAUUUAAAGGCAGCCAGGGAGAUAGUGGCAUUGACUUGAGUGCAGAGUCGCGGGAAUCCUCCGCUACUUCUUCCCAGCGCAGCUCUCCAUACGGCACUCUCAAACCUGAAGAGAUGGGUGGAGCUGGCCUGGUGGACCCCAAGCCCGAUGGCCAGAAAGAGCAAGUUUCAAAGCAGUCGGAGAAAAAGGAUUCAGAUCAAGGCUCGAGUCAGAGCAAGGAUCACAAGCCCGGACCAAUCGGCAACGAGCGCUCCUUGAAAAACAGGAAGGGUUCGGAGGGCGCGGAACGCCUGGAGGGCACCAUCCCCCCAGUAAAUGGGGUGGAGAUUCAUGUGGACUCUGUUCUCCCUGUGCCGCCCAUUGAAUUUGGAGUAAAUCCUAAAGACUCUGACUUCAGCCUGCCCCCCGGCUCAGCCUCCAGUGCUGCCACCAACCCUGUCACAAAAUUGCAGGAUGCCUUAGCCAGCAAUGGCUUUAAAGAUCAGCACCAGCUCUUUGCAUUGAGUCCUGAAACCUGCUGGAUGCCGGUGAAGUCAGCAUCAUACUGUGGUUGUACAUGUUCCUGGCCGCAGGCUGGGCUUACGCAGUCUAUCCCCAUUCUCCGAAGAGAUCACCUCCCACGGUGCAUCAGCCUGAACCCAAUGUCUUUCCCUACAGCAGACCUAACUCUUAAAAUGGAGUCGGCUCGUAAAGCUUGGGAGAACUCUCCAAACCUCCCAGAACAGAGUUCUCCUGGAGGGGCUGGUUCUGUUAUUCAGCCUCCUUCCAGUGUGGGGGCUUCAAACGGUGUCAGCUAUAGCACCUUUGGUGGCGUUUCUGUGCCUCCCAUGCCCGUGGCUUCUGUAGCACCAUCUGCGUCGAUUCCAGGCAACCAUAUCCCACCUCUUUAUUUAGAUGGCCACGUGUUUGCAAGCCAGCCACGCCUCGUCCCCCAGUCAAUACCUCAGCAGCAGAGCUACCAGCAGGCCGCUGCUGCUCAGCAGAUUCCACUCUCCCUUCACACAUCGUUGCAGGCUCAAGCUCAGCUGGGGCUGAGGGGUGGCCUUCCGGUUUCGCAGUCCCAGGAGAUCUACAGUUCCAUCCAGCCCUUCAGAUCUCAGGUCUACAUGCAUCCCAGCCUGUCCCAACCCAAUACUAUGGUCCUAACAGGUGGCACAGCUCUCAAAAACCCCUAUUCUGCCUUUCCGGGCAUGCAGCCCUUGGAGAUGGUGAAAACGCAAUCAGGAUCCCCUUACCAGCCCGUGAAUGGGAGCCAGACACUGGUUUACGAAGGCCAGAUCAACCAGGCGCCUGGGAUGGGCGCUUCGCAGAUGAUGGACUCACAGCUUACGCAGCUAACGAUGCCAAUGCCCGGCUCCCAGCUUCCGAUGCCCCGUUACGGCUCUGGCCAGCAGCCUCUGAUUUUACCACAGUCCAUCCAGCUCCCUCAGGGCCAGAAUCUGCCUGUUGGAGCUCCUCGGAGGAUCCUCUCGCCUGGAUCCCAGCCGUCUGUCCUGGCUGCAAGCAGGGAGUCCUCCCAUGUGGAAAUGAAGGGAUUCCACUUCACGGAUGGUAAACAGAACAUACCCACCGGAGGAUCCAUCCCAUCACCGCAUGCUUACAGACCUAGUUCUGCCAGCCCAAGUGGAAAGUCCACUGGACCAGCCGUCGGCAUGACUUCAGUGCACGGGCAUUACAUCCAACAGGCAAAACAGCGGGUGGAUGAAAACAAAGCCAAUGUGGGAGCCAUAAAACUGCAGGAACCAUCUUCGGCAAGUCAGAUGAAGCCAGUGCGCACUGGAGCUAUCAAGCCUCAAGCCGUGAAAGUGGAAGAGAGCAAGGCCUAGUUGACCGCGUCCCUAUGGAUGCCUGCCAGUUUGUUCUACUGGACUGAGCGGGGGCGGGGGGGGGGGGGCGCUCUGAAGAUCUCCCACGUUUCUCCUUCACCUCUCCCAUCAGAUGUGCUGGAAGACUCUCGCCAGACCCGCAGCUCACCAUCAGGAUAUCAGCUGCCUAAAGCAACCUUGUUCGGGUCCUUCUCCCAACAAAGCAAUUAUUGAACAGUGGAUUUUGACAUUGGCUGCUUGCUUUAAAAAAAAAAAAAGGCUACCCACCCUACCCUCUGUGACUGUUGAGUGGCUCCAGCCAUUUUUUCCCCCUUGUUCCCACUCACACAUGACAGCGAUUGCUCUUUGGUACCCUCCCCGUCUGCUCUCCUCUCCUACUUCUGCCUUAGUAGAGUGGCAACAGGAGCGAGAGUAGUACCCGGGAAGCUUUUUAAAAAGACAGCUGAGGUUUUUAAGCAAAACAGAACGUUGUGUCUUUGUUUUAUAGCUGAACUUUUAUAUGUUCUCUCAUAUUCCCCUCCCCUUCAUCUCUACCCCCCUGAAUUGAUCAUGUUCUCAGAUGUUCCCAUUCUCUCUAACCUUUUGGGGGGCAGAAGGGGGGAGGGGUUUCCUGUGUGCUAACGUGAGAUUUGUAUACUCCUAAAUGGAGCUGUAUAGGCUGCGGAUCUUAAGAUCCUUCAUUUCCUUAUAAGUAAAUAGAUCAAGGCAUUGGGGAACUUUUGGCGUAUUUUGUUCUAUUAUGCUAGAGCCAGAGCUUGCUUUUAGAAGUAAAACGUGCAAGAGAAGCAUUAAGCAAGUUGAAUGCAUUGAAUCUCAAAGCUUGCCCCCCACUCAACUGUAGCUAUGGGGUGUGUCGUUUCCCCCGGCCACACAAAACACACACAUCAGUGCAUGGCAGCAAAAGCAGUGAUAUUUUCCUUUCAAGAAACAGUGCGGACUUUCUCAUGCAAGACCCUCCCAGUCUAGUCAUCGACGCAGGGUUUAGGUUUGCUUUUGUAACUUUCUGGAAACUCUUAGUUGGGGAGGGAGGCUUAAUUUCUCAGGGUUUACACAGUGUAGAAUUACUAGGGAAGCCCCUUGCCUUGCAUGAAUCCGGCGAUGGCUAGAGUCAGUGAGUUUAUUUGUACGGCUUGUGGUAGUUGAGAACUCUGCCUACUGUCCACCCCUCCCCGUUUUGGUCUUUUUGUGCUCUCCGUCACUUCAGGCUCCUUAUCCCAUUUUAAAAGAACGUUCGUUUUAAUUGUUUUGGUCCUUUGGGGCUUCUUUCCCCCUUCACAUAUUUCUCUCUUGCAUUUCUUUUCUGCCUGUACCAAAGCAAGUCAAUAGAAGUUCUGCAUAGCAAACCACAGCAGACAAAAGCCUCAAAGGAAAAAGAGAAUUCACUGUAGGCAGGAAAGCUAACUUUAUUCUCUUUCUUCCAACUCUCUUCCUUUUCUCUCUUCUCCUUGUCCCCCAGUUUCUGCUGUAGUUGUCUUUAGGCAGACAUAGUUUCUAGAUAAUGUUGCAUUCUGCUGAACUGCCAGGCAUUUCAAAGGCAGGAUUAUGGUGGAUUCAGUUUCCCUAUAUGGGCUUAGGGUUCAAAAUAUGCCAGAAAUCUUAGGGGCACCUCAGUUGCCCUUCAGUUUUUAGCUCUUAACCUUUGUGAAAACAUAAAGGGGGAGCGGGGGACACCUCACUUUCUCUCAUUGGUAGCUUGCUAGCUGUCCACUGUUUCAGCAGCCUUUCAGAAGAUAUCAAGCCUGUUGUUUUGCUGGUGGUUCCAAAGAUGACAUUUUGAACAAAGAAUGUAUUUGCAAAUGGAGGAUCUGAAAGGUCUGAAUCUGAAGAGCACGUCCUCCUGGAUUUUUUAAAGAUGUGUUUGAAUUUCUUAAGCUGGGUAUAAAUGAUGAUGUUUAUACAGUCGCUUUAGAGGGUUCAGACUAAAUAAGCUCUUUUAACUUAGUUAUAGUGAUGCUUCCUGUUUACACGUGUGUCCCUUUAUAGAAAACCACCGAGGGAUUUCAGAGAGAUGGUACUUUUAAAAAAAAAGAAUGAAUCAUCCUAUUGGGGGAGGGUUAUUAAUCUGAUUUUUUUUUUACUUUUAUGGCAGAGCUUUCUUCCCCUCCUAACAUCCUAUUGUGGUUUGACGCUUAGAAAUAUUGAGGUCUAAGAUGUAUUUAACUGUUCUUACAAAGGAUCCCCCACUCGCUCUAUUCUGAGCUUUUCAAAGGCUGCAGCAUUAGUUACCCAGUAUAACUCCCCCUUCUCCCCUUGCUUUAUGCUUCCACUAUGAAACAUCAUGAGGAACUGAAUUUGUUGUGAAACCGCUUCAUUAGACAUCCCAUUUUCUCUCUCUCUCUUUUUUUUUUUGCUCAGCUGGUUCCAUGCAAACCUUUAAUGAGAUCAAAAUCCUGCUGGUUUUGGCAUAUUUCUUUGCACACGCUUGAUGCAUUUGAAAAGACACACAUUUUUCCUGCUUUUGUAUAGGAUUUCCCGACAGUUCCCUUGCAAUUGGGGUGAGGGAGGGGAAACUGGGUCAAUUGCUAGGGCUGAGAUGUUUCAGAAAUUCCUGAUGUAAAUUUAAUCAGUACUUACUAUUGAGGGGGGGAGGGAAGGUGUCCUCUUUUAUCCCUAUUGCUCUCUGCCCCCCCUGAAAACAAAUAAAACACUAGAAUUUAUUUAUACGUAUUUGAUGUUGUAGGUCUAGGUGAAAAAGUAAAUGUUUCACUGCUCUAUUUAUAUAUUAUGUCUGAAUUUAUUCUGUGCAGGAAAGGCCAAGAAAUAAACCAUAAUUUUAAUUGCCUUUUCCCCCUUCAAUUUGCAUGACUGCUGGUGGCAGUUUACCAGAUUUGUUUUUGGCACCAAAAGCCAUUCCUAACACCCGUUUUUUAAAAAAGAUGCAGCAUCCCUCUUUUGUUUGCCACAUUGUGUUUGUUUUUCAGCUUUAGCAUUUUAUAAUGUUGAAAAUCAAAGCGGAGAGCCAUCCCCACUUCCUGCAGCGCAGAAUGGUAGUAUUCUCUGGGGAGAGGUGACCAUUCAGGAGGGACGGGAUUGGGCGGCACGGGUGUGGCCUUUCUCCUUCCCUCCUUAUGGUUAUGGGACUGCCAUGACGGUGCUGUUUCUGACAGCAUGCUGGUACUGAUGCAAGGGAGGGGGAGCGUUCCUAUGAGUCAGCUUCUUGGAGCAGUGAAUUUGCAUGUGACUGUGCGGCUCCUCUUGCCUGAACUGAAAAAUUGCAACGUGAUUUUCCAGGUCCAUGAAAGAGAAUUGUACACAUAUAUGUCUGCACCCAAGUCCGUCAACAUAUCAUUGUAACCAGCUGUGUGUGUGUGUCUGUUUCCUUACUGCUCGGAGACUGCUGAGAAACAGGUUUCCAGGCGCCGCUGAAGCAUCUGCAGGGGAAGGAAGCGGCAUAGUUCAUAGUCUCAGCGGGCUAAGCGCAACUACCUGUGCUGUUACCUGCCAGCUUGGCCAAAGGAGAGGGUGACUGCCUCAGCUGCCUUCAGUGCCAGUUUCCUAUCUCCGUGCUCUUUCCUGCUUUGUAGCUUCUUAAUGCCACGGUUUAGUAGCCUGGUGUGGAGGAGACCAAGGGAGGAAACCAGCACGGUCCCUUGGGGGAGGGGCAGCUCUGUGAUGAAUCUUCCGUGACUCGAUCCCAGCUCUGACCCUUGAUGGCAGUGGCCACACAGACUCUCUGCCGCCCACUGAAGUUCAUUCACAUUCACAUAACUGCAGAUGGCCCCGUUAAAAUAGUUUUAAAAAAAUCUACAAGAGUGCUCCAAACUGCUCUGUAGCUUUUCUUUUUCUUUUUGCUAGAUUUUAAAGAAUGGCAACAUGGCCUCCCGGUUUUGUGGGAAACGAUUUACUUAGUACGAGGAUGACUGCACACUGUCCAGUCGUGUUUGAGUUCUGUUUUUUUUGCCUCUGACUUUAUGAAAAGAUGCGACUGCUUUUCAGUGUCAUUUGGGGGAGGGCUGGUUUCUAGGAAUGAAAAGCUUAAUUUUAAAAAAGCAAUUGGAAUGAUAAGCAGAAUCUUUUUAAAUGUAGCAAUGGCCCAUUAGAUCAGAUGAGCAGAUAUUGUGAAGCAGUGAAACCAAGCUGGCUACCAAGAGACAGCAGAUCUUCUUUGUCGUCCAGCUACCUUUUUGGCCUUUCAGGCCACUGUAUGUCAAUAGUGGCCCUAAUUUGUCCGGUCCAGUGGCUUCUUCGAGUUGUAACCAUCUAAUUGGUAGGUGGGAAUUGCAACAACGUGGCGCUCCCUGUGGCAUGUCAAGGCAUCUUAGCAGCAAGUUUUUUCUCUUAUGUAUAAAUUGCAGUUGUUGAUUCUAAAGAGGAUAUUGUACUCCUUUUUAAUCUUGCGACCUGUACAGUAAAACACCUUUUUUUGGCCUUUCCUUUGUUUGUCUUUUCAUGUAGACCAGGUAUUUGAAAGAGCCAACAAUGACUAAAUAUGUUAACAUGCAACAUGUUUAUAUCUUUCUGAGAAACUUUAACUGCAGACUGGACCUUGAAUCACGGAAUCACCAGGCUGGUGGUAGCAACACUCUUUCUUGUCCUCCUUGUUUUCAGUCUUUAUUGUUUCUCCUUUCAGAUAUGUGAUUGUAUUAGCUCUUUCCAUAUGAAAGAAAUUCUCCUUAUUUAAAUAAAAAAAUUUAAAAUCA